AACAGCAGCAGAAACAAUUCCUGUCUUUUCGUAGCACAAGUGAACAACAGUCGUCUCUAAAUUUCACUUUGGGAAAGACUUUCAAAAAACGGGAAUAACACUAUUUUGCUAUUUCAGUAAAUAAAAUUUAGACACAUGUGAUAACAUUUUCACACUAUAUAACAUUAUUGGCCAGAAAUAACAAAACAUUAGUAUCCCAAUUAGAACUAAAUUUUCCUCCUUCACUUCGCCAAUAUAAUUAUAAAUAAAUAUGGCAGGAGGGUGCCCCAAUAGAGAAAAUAAAAAUAACAUAAAUAAUAAAUAAAUAAAUAAAUACUAACAAAAAAAGGAAAAAAAGAAACAAACAAAAACAGUGUAGGGUUUUGGAUUGGGAUGAGCUGUCCUACUGCAUUAGAUGCUUUAUCUGAUGCUUACCUGCGCUGUCUUGCUGCUUGCUGCCCUGGAGUCUGGACUCAAUUUACCAUUCAACCACUGCUCUCUCUCUCUGUGCAGACAGACACCAGUUUUUUUUCCUCACCUAAUCACACUUAUCACCCAUCUCCUCUGCUGGCCUCUUCUGAAUUAAUUCUCAACUUUUUCUGAGACAAAUUAAUACUCAUACUCAAGAAUCAUGACAGUUUAUGAAAAGUUUACUUGCUUCUUCUUCUGGAUUAGGAUUUCACAAGAAAAUGGAUUUCAAAAUCUUGUUUCUCCUUAUUCUGGUCUGAAAUCUCAGAGAGAGAGAUGCAGAGAGAGGGAGAGUGGGUGCUAAAAAAUCCGAAGGACAACCAUUGAGAGAGGUAAAAUCUCAGAUUUUGUGGGCACCUCUGCAAUUGUCAAAUGGGCUACUUUGAGUCAUGAAAGGACCAAUUUGCCCACAGAAGAGUAGGUGAUGAUGCAGGACAAUGUUGGGUUUUCAAAGCCCAAAAAGAAAAGUAAAAAAGGAGAGAAUGUCUUUAUAGAGAGAGAGAGAGAGAGAGAGAGCAUAACAAAUGUUCUCAUAAUUACUGGGGUGGAGGGGCAUAAAAAUCCGAGUGUAACAAAGGCUGAUUUUUAACAUUCCUUUUACGAGAGACCCCACGAGUGGGCUAAGGCUUCUCCUCUUGUAUUCUUUUUUUUCUUUCCUCCACCACAAAGGUCUUAUUAGGUCCCCCACCUGCUGCUUCUUCUCAAUAUCUAAGUCAUCUUGACCUACUCAAUCAAAACCUUCUCUUUCUCUCCCUUAGUUUCUCUCUCCUGCUGCUGCUGCUGCUGCUGAGGGAAGGGAAGGACAACAGUUAAUCAUAGACCAAGAAAGAACCCCACAAACUCUUAGUCUUAGCUAGGUCCAACCCCUGCAAACGUUUUAAAGAGAUUCUCACUCACUCCACAUUUCUCUCUCCAAAGUCCAACCCCAAGAAAGAGAAAGACUUUGAGAAAAAGAUAAACAAAAAAAGAAGAGUUUUAUUGGGAAUGACUGGUAAGUUAGAGAGAGAGCAAGAGCCUAGCUAGCAAGAGAGAGAGAGAGAGAGAUGGGGUUGAUCAAUCAGACAGCAGCUGCUUAAAACCCAAGAAAACCCAAAGAAACAUAAAAAUAAAAAAGAUAUCCCUCCAAACCCCCCACCCUUCCCCACCAAAUGGACUUAUCAAAUUUCCAAAGCACCAACAACAACAAGAAGCAGCAGCAGCAGCAACAGAGCAACACUAGUAACAACAACACAAGUCAUCACCAGCUCCACCAGCACCUUCUUCAUCCUCAUCCUCAUCCUCAUCAUCAACAGCAACCAAAACAGCAACAGUCCUCACCUUCUUCCCAGUUUGUGGUCCCCUUUGAUGGCAGCAGAUCUUCUUCUGGAGCAGGAGGAGGAGGAGGAGGAGGGGGAGGGCCCCCUUUCAUGGGCUCCAUCUCAAUUCAAGCUGGCCUUACCUCUACUCAUACACCAACAACUUCAUCUGCUACUGUUUCUGCACAACCACCAGCUCCUUCCUCCUCUUCUUUGUCUUCUUCCUCCUCCUCCUCUCCCUCCUCCACCUCCACCUCCACCGCUCCUCCACCCCACUUGGUCGACGCCUCCCUCGCUAUCGCCACCAGAUCCGACUCCCACCCCUCAACCCGACCAGCCCCGCUGGACUCCGCCAAGAAAAACCAAAUUCAUCAGCAGCAAUUGACAAUUUCACCCACCAGUACUACUACUGCUACACCACCAGCACCACCAGCCGCAGCAGCAGCAACCCAAGUAGUGAAACGAUCCACCAAGGAUCGGCACACGAAAGUCGAAGGCCGAGGUCGCCGCAUACGAAUGCCGGCCACCUGCGCCGCCAGAGUCUUCCAGUUGACGAGAGAAUUGAGCCACAAGUCCGACGGCGAGACAAUCGAGUGGCUCCUCCAGCAAGCCGAGCCUGCGAUCAUCGCCGCCACCGGAACGGGGACCAUCCCGGCCAAUUUCUCCAGUUUGAACAUCUCCCUGCGUAGCAGCGGAUCAACGCUCUCCGCUCCGCCUUCCAAGUCCGCCUCUCAUUCCUUUCCCGGCGCCUUGGCUCUUGCCCAUCACCCUCACUACGACGAGGGUUUUCCCCAUUCGGGUUUGUUGGGGUUUCAUCAACAUCAUCAACAACAUCAACAGCAGCAUCAUCACCAUCAUCAUCAGCAGCAUCAGUCUCCUCUUAUGACCGCGGAUCAAAUUGCAGAAGCGCUUCCAAGCGGCGGCGGAGACAGCGGCGGUGGAGACUCCACCGACAGUUAUAUGAGAAAGCGCUUCAGAGAAGAUCUGUUCAAGGAUGAUAAUCAAGGGCGAGGCGAAGGCAGCAGCGGAGGAGGAGGGUCGCCGUCUGGGAAGGCUUUUAAGAGUAGCGGAGGCUUACAAUUGCAAAAACAACAACAGGGGUCGGAGGGGGAGGCAGGACCUUCAGGGCUGCUGAGGCCGCCUUCGAAUAUCCUGCCACCCACUGCCAUGUGGGCAGUGGCACCCGCCCCGAACAGCGGUGCUGCUGGCAGCACAUUCUGGAUGCUGCCAGUAACCGCUGGUGCUGGUGGACCCUCAAUGCCCACCGGGACGUCCGGGGCUGGUCCUUCCGAGGCUGCACAGAUGUGGACGUUUCCGUCCGCACCUGCCACUCACGGGAGUACAUUGCAAGCGCCAUUGCAUUUCAUGCCGAGGUUUAACCUUCCAAGCAGUCUUGAAUUCCAGCAAGCCGGCAGCCGAGGGAGCCCUCUCCAAUUGGGUUCCAUGCUAAUGCAGCAACAGCCAUCACAGCAUCUUGGGCUUGGAGUCGCCGACUCGAAUUUAGGCAUGUUGGCUGCUCUGAAUGCUUCUUACUCUAGAGGUGGUUUGAAUAUGAAUUCUGAGCAUCACCAGCAGAAUCAUCCAUUGGAUCAUCAUCAUCAACAACAACACCACCAGCCUCAAACUACUGAUAGUGGAGAUGAGGCCCCAAAUAGUUCUCAAUGACAUAUAAAUAUUGAUUUGGAAGUUGAAUUUGAGAUGAUGGGUUGAGAGUGCUUGAAAAUUUCCAUGGGAUAUGGUCAUGUCAUCCGAUGAAAAAGAUAGGUUUCCUAGUUCUCAUUUGUAGCAUUGUUCAGUUUGAAUUUCUUCAAUUUAUUUUCUAGAUUGGUGUGGAGAAAAACCCCAAGAUUAGUAUGUAAUUUGUUAGUGAAUUUGGUCCAAAGGGACUCAAAGGGAACAGGCAGAGUGAAAUUGUAUAGGAGGAUAUUUGUGUUGAGUGUUUUUUUUAUUAUAAAAUAUUUGUUUUGUUUGUAUUGAGAA